CGAACGGGUUUCAGAUGCUUCUGGGUCGCGGUGGGUGAAGCGCCGGAGUCUGUGUGCCUGAGCCAGAGAGCGCUGCGCUAGAGCGAAGCGGCGAGGGAUGGCGGCCACUGGGACCGCGGUCGUCGCGGCCACGGGCAGGCUCCUGAUCCUGCUACUGCUCGGGCUCACGGCGCCCGCCACGGCUCUGGCCGGCUACAUCGAGGCUCUUGCAGCCAACGCUGGAACAGGAUUUGCUGUCGCUGAGCCUCAGAUUGCAAUGUUUUGUGGGAAGUUAAAUAUGCACGUGAACAUUCAGACUGGGAAAUGGGAACCUGACCCAACAGGCACCAAGAGCUGCUUUGGAACAAAGGAAAAGGUUCUUCAGUACUGUCAGGAGAUAUAUCCUGAGCUGCAGAUCACCAAUGUGAUGGAAGCAAAUCAGCCAGUGAAUGUUGACAACUGGUGCCGACGGGACAAAAAACAAUGCAAGAGUCACGCUGUUAUACCUUUCAAGUGUCUGGUGGGUGAAUUUGUAAGUGAUGUUCUGCUAGUCCCAGAAAAGUGCCAGUUUUUCCACAGAGAGAGGAUGGAGGUGUGCGAGAAUCAUCAGCACUGGCACACUGAAGUCAGAGAGGCCUGUCUGACUCAGGGGAUGACCUUGUAUAGCUAUGGCAUGCUACUGCCCUGCGGCGUGGACCAGUUCCAUGGCACUGAGUACGUGUGCUGCCCUCCGGUAAAGUUUAGUGACUCUAGCGACUCUCUCGUGUCUAAAGAAGACCAAGAAGAGGAUGAGGAUGACGACGACGACGACGACGAUGAGGAUGAGGAUGAAGAGGAAGACUAUGAUAUUUAUAAAAGUGAAUUUCCUACUGAACCAGAUUUGGAAGACUUCACAGAAGCAGCAGUGGAUGAGGAUGAGGAUGCAGAUGCGGAGGCAGGGGAGGAAGUGGUGGAAGACCGGGACUAUUACUAUGACUCCUUCAAAGGGGACGACUACAACGAGGAGACCCCGACCGAGCCCAGCCAUGUUGGUGCUGUUGCAGACCAGGAAACUACUCGCGAUGUCAAAGCUGUCUGCUCCCAGGAGGCGAUGACGGGGCCCUGCCGGGCCGUGAUGCCUCGUUGGUACUUCGACCUCUCCAAGGGAAAGUGCGUGCGCUUUAUAUAUGGCGGCUGCGGCGGCAACAGGAACAAUUUUGAGUCUGAGGAUUAUUGUUUGGCUGUGUGUAAAGCGAUGAUUCCCCCGACUCCCCUGCCAACCAAUGAUGUUGAUGUGUAUUUCGAGACUGCUGCAGAUGACAACGAACAUGCGAGGUUCCAGAAGGCUAAGGAGCAGCUAGAAAUUCGACACCGAAACCGGAUGGACAGGGUAAAGAAGGAAUGGGAAGAGGCAGAACUUCAAGCCAAGAACCUCCCCAAAGCAGAGCGGCAGACCCUCAUUCAGCACUUCCAAGCUAUGGUUAAAGCCUUGGAGAAGGAAGCAGCCAGUGAGAAGCAGCAGCUUGUGGAAACCCACCUGGCUCGCGUGGAAGCCAUGCUGAACGACCGCCGGCGGAUGGCUCUGGAGAACUACCUGGCCGCCCUGCAGUCCGACCCGCCUCGGCCUCAUCGCAUCCUCCAGGCCUUGCGGCGCUACGUCCGUGCCGAGAACAAAGAUCGCCUGCACACCAUUCGCCAUUACCAGCAUGUGCUGGCUGUUGACCCAGAGAAGGCCGCCCAGAUGAAAUCCCAGGUCAUGACACAUCUCCAUGUGAUCGAAGAAAGGAGGAACCAGAGUCUUUCUCUGCUCUACAAAGUCCCUUAUGUAGCCCAGGAAAUUCAAGCAGAAAUCGAUGAACUCCUUCAGGAGCAGCGAGCAGACAUGGAUCAGUUUACCGCCUCCAUCUCCGAAAGCCCCGUGGAUGUCCGGGUGAGCUCUGAGGAGAGCGAAGAGUUCCCGCCGUUCCACUCUUUCCACCCCUUCCCACCCUUGCCUGAGAAUGAAGACACUCCGCCGGAGUUGUUCCACCCAGUGAAGAAAGGGUCAGGAGUGGGAGAGCAGGACCGAGGACUGAUUGGUGCGGAAGAGAAACUGAUUAACAGUAAGAACAAAGUGGAUGAAAACAUGGUUGUUGAUGAGACUCUGGAUGUGAAGGAGAUGAUCUUCAAUGCCGAGAGAGUUGGAGGCCUGGAGGGGGAGCCGGAGUCUGUGCGACCAGUGCGGGAGGACUUCAGUCUGAGCAGCAGCGCCCUGAUUGGCCUGCUGGUCAUCGCAGUGGCCAUCGCCACGGUCAUCGUUAUCAGCCUGGUGAUGCUGCGGAAGAGGCAGUAUGGCACCAUCAGCCACGGGAUUGUGGAGGUUGACCCCAUGCUCACCCCCGAAGAGCGCCACCUGAACAAGAUGCAGAACCAUGGCUAUGAAAACCCCACGUACAAGUACCUGGAGCAGAUGCAGAUCUGAGCGGUGGAGGCAGGCGGCACUCGGCAGAAGCUGGUGCGGGCAGGCAGAAGAGCCCCACGUCCUGGAUUGACUGCCGCCUGCCAGGGCCACCGCCGGGAGGUCUCAUUGUACAUCCUGACGUGUUGGCUCCUGAAGACUCUAAAGUACUACUGUAGAAUUGCAAUUUCCAUUCUUCCAAAUGGGUGAAAAAUGUUAAUAUAACAAUAUAUGAUAUAUAAACCUAAGUGAAAAAUGAUCUAUUGCAAAUAUCUGAAGGAUGUAGUUUUCUUUUUUAAAUUAAUCAGAAAUCCCACUUCUAUUGUAUUGUUUCACACAUGCUCUAUAUAAAUGGAAAAUGUUGAUUUUUUAAUGAUAGAUUGUAUAUGCAGGCUGUUCCAGUUACAUUGUAUAAAUCAACUCUAGGCUCAUCCACUGUUCUAGUUUUUAUUUAAAAAAAAAAGUAACAAACAGUAUUCCCUUUUUAAACUUUGAGAAAGUUGUUGAGAAACAAGCAGAACUGAAAGUGACCACUGCCGCACAGCGCUACCCUGGCCUAGUGGUGUGCGGAGCUUGCCGUGCCCGUGCUGGGCCUGUUGCCGAGACGGGCCAGGGUGUCCUGUGUUCUCCCAUCUCUCAGCGAGCUUGACGCAUACACACGAGGGUGUCCACCGCUGUUGUCCUAGAAAUCCAGUUCUUCCACAGCACCCAGCCUGUAGCGUGUAUGUGUGUGUGUGUGUAUAUGUGUGAUGUUCCUCACUCACCGUGGCGUUUCACGCUCCACUUCCCCUCCGAAGUGCAUCCAAAGCUUAGUGUCUCCCUCUGGGCCUGCCGCUGCUGCCCCCUGCGCCCUCCACCUCCCCCACUGGCCUCUGCUGUCCGCCCGGGGAAGACCACACUAAGUAGGCAGCUGAGGGCCUGGCGGGAGCCGGGGCUGUGGCUAGAGAGGGGGCAUUCUGCUGCCCACGAAGCUGGGUCUGCAGACACUUGUGGAAAGCUGGAAGGGUUUUGUUUGCUUCACACGAGUCUCUGUAAUGCUUGUAUUGUUGAUGUUGUUGCUCACAGCUUUCUGUUUUCUAACCCUAAGGUUCUGAUAACCAGUGGUGUUACUUUGCUUUGUUUUUCUAAUUUUCUGUAGCUGUUUUUUUUUUUUUUUUUUUUUCGUUUUCCUCCCCUUUGACCUUAUCCAUGUCUCUUCCCACUAUGCACAGGUUAAACUUCACCUGCAGACUUGUUAAUAAUGAUCUGUGGAGAAUGUACAGUUUAAACACAUAAAUAAACACUUUAACCCACCAA